UCAGUUAGUGUCUUCUUGGCAACUUCAAUUGACGGGCUUUUGUUGACUUUUUGCGGGUACAUUUCUAAAACGGAAACGGAUACAAAAUCAUUAUCGAGAAUCUAAAUCGAUCAAUAUGACGACAUACAUGAAAGUAUUUAACGAACGUUAUUUAACGCUAUCGAAAGGAGUGGAUGAAACUGUAGACAGUUGGUUUUUAAUGAGUUCACCGGGACCAGUAUUUUCUAUAGUUGCAGUUUAUUUAAUAUUAGUUUUAAAAAUCGGGCCGACAUUUAUGAAAUCUCGUAAGGCCUACGAUUUAAAGAAGGUCAUGAUCGCUUAUAAUGCCUUUCAAGUGUGUUAUUCUAUAUGGAUGUGUCGUACGUCAUUACAAGAAAGCCGCAUAACAGAUACUUUGCUGUCAAAAAAAUGUGAAAUUCACCGGACUCGUGAACAAAGUUUGAACUUGUACUCAGGUGCCUGGUUUUAUUUUUUCUCGAAAAUCAUUGAUUUGUUAGAUACUUGCUUCUUUGUAUUGCGCAAAAAGCAAAAUCAGGUGUCAUUCUUGCACGUGUACCAUCAUACCAUUACAGCUUUAUUCUCUUGGAUGUAUCUUAAAUAUGCACCAGGUGAACAAGGCGUUGUAAUCGGCAUAUUGAAUUCAGGCGUACAUAUAGUAAUGUACUUUUAUUAUAUGGUUUCUGCCAUGGGCCCUCAGUACCAAAAGUUUUUAUGGUGGAAAAAGUACAUGACAAGCAUCCAAUUGAUUCAAUUUGUUCUUAUCAUGGCGUACAUGGUUAUCAUUGCACUGAAGGGCUGCAAUAUGCCAAAGACACUAACGUUCUUCUUCAUCGCAAAUACUUUGAUAUUCCUAUAUUUAUUUGGUAGUUUUUACAAAAGAACAUAUAAAUCAAAUCUUAAUGGGGCAACUAAAGCCGCCAUGCACGCAGCUAACGGAAUGGGUUGCAUACCAUCAAAGGCGUUCUUGGCUCAGGGCGAUCAAAUGAAACGACUAAUCGAUGUUAACAAUAACGCUAUAAAAUCUACCAAAGCGGAGUAAAAAUCUGCAAUCUGUAUUUGCCUGUAUUUCUUUUACCUUAUUCAACUUAUUUCUAUAUUUAGAUACAUACAUACAUAUGUACAUAUGUAUGUAUAUGGGGACUUAGUUAUUCAUAACUUUAUUUUAGAAAAGUUUUACGAAUAGUUCUAAGCCUUUAAAUAUUCUUAACUGUAUGUACUUUGGUCUGAACUUUAAUAUUUCAUGUGUGGGCAUUUACUCUUUCAGUUUUUUAUUAUUAUUUCUAUUUUAAUCAUUGUAUUUAAUAAGAUUGAAUGUAAUUCAAUGUGUGAAUGUGAUUGUAUGCUAAUGUGUAUAUAUGGAUGACUGUUUAAACGAAUUAUUGUUAAAAUAAAGAUAUAUAAAAUAUA